UAUUCACUCAAUAUAUCAUAUAAUAUACACAAUCCCAUCAACCAUAUUUUUCACCAUGCAAGCUCAUACAUUCUCCUACAUAUCUUCACUACAAACUAAUGAAACUGUUGAUGAGUCUUCCAUUUCACUCUCUCUUGGUCCGCCUGGUACACAUCACCUCAAACCUAAACUAUCCUCUUCAUCAAAUCACUCAGCUACUAGUACUAGUACUACUACUACUACUACUACUCAUCAUCAUCAUCAUCAGAUUCAACACCAAAAGCAAAACUUUACCAUUGAUGAUGAUGAGGUAAGUGGUGUAACAGUUGCUCUUCAUAUUGGUCUUCCAAAUACUAUUUCACAAAACAACACACCUGUUAGAAAAUCUGAUCAUCAUUUGGCUUCAACUCCUAUUCAAAGUCAAUAUUGGAUUCCUUCUCCUGCUCAAAUCCUCAUUGGACCAACACAGUUCUCUUGCACAGUCUGCAAUAAAAUGUUCAACCGUUUCAACAAUAUGCAGAUGCAUAUGUGGGGACAUGGUUCACAAUACAGGAAAGGGCCAGAAUCUCUAAGAGGAGUAAAACCAGCUUCAUCAAUGUUAAGGCUUCCUUGCUAUUGCUGUGCAGAGGGAUGCAAAAACAACAUAGAGCAUCCACGGUCAAGGCCAUUGAAGGAUUUCAGGACACUUCAAACACACUACAAGAGAAAGCAUGGAGCCAAGCCAUUUGGGUGUAGAAAGUGUGGGAAACCCUUUGCAGUGAGAGGUGAUUGGAGAACACAUGAGAAAAAUUGUGGAAAGCUGUGGUUUUGUAUCUGUGGAUCUGAUUUUAAACAUAAGAGAUCACUUAAAGACCAUGUUCGUGCUUUUGGUGACGGUCACGCUCCACACACCGUCGAGAGUUGUGAAGAUCAGGAUGUUUUGUUAGGUGAUGAAUAUGAUGAGGAAUUUGACGGAGAUGAAAUUGAUGAAGAUGAUGAUGAUGAUGAUAACAUUGAUGGAAUGGUUUUUGGUUUUAAUUAAUGAUAACCAAUAUAAUACCAUGUUUUUAAUUUAAAAACAAGAUCUAACAAGAACGUUCUGUUUUUUUAUGUCUUAACUACUAUAGUGCAAUUGCGAGUAUGGCUGCAUUAAUCGCAUUUGAUUGUGA